GCGAGAGCGGCCAGCUCAGCGCCACAUCAGCCCAGUGGUACAAAGCGACUCUUCUACUCUCCCACCUAGGCUAGAUAGAUGAAGGGCACCAACAGCGACCAUGGCGCUGCUGCCCCUGCUCCACGGAUCAUCAAUCCAUCGGUGCACGAGGCGCUCAUCAAGCUCAUUCCAAUCCAGGCGCAGAAGAUCCGCGAGAAAGGGGUUUCCAGGUUUGCUCCACAGAAAGAGAAGGACAAGGGCAAGGAGAAAGGCCUUUCGUCCAAGCAGCGAUCCAAGCAGCAAGCCAAGCAGCAGCCCAAGCAGCAGCCCGCGGCGCCGCGAGCUGUGCGCUGGGAGGACGACGAGGAGCCUGCCAAGCUCCAGCAGUCGGAAGAGUUUGACAAGAUUUGGGAAAACGAUUGCGAGACCCGCGCGCUAGCCUGCCAAGACAAGCUCACAGAUUUGCUGUGCCGCUACCAGUCCCGGCAACCGGAUGCUGGGCGCCUCACUGCGUCCUUGGAAGUGCUAAAGGAGGUUUGUCAAAUGUGUGUACCAUUCUCACACGUCUUGACGGACAUUCUCCAAGAGCUCGAGCUUGCUCUUUACAUCAGUGCCGAGGACAAGGAAAAACAUGAGCUCCAGGUUCCAUAUUUUGAGCUCGUUGGCAAGCUCGAGCAUGAUAUCAAGUGGAAAGAAGAUAGUCAGCAAGGCUGGCGGAGCUCUCUUACGGACUGCCAAGAGCGCAUCGAGCGGAUAGAAGAGACUAUGACGACGUUGAGCACUCAAGUCAAGAAUGCCGACUUCCUUAACAAGAAUCUCCAUGCCAGCUUGACUGCUGCCUCUGACUCUCUAAACUCCGCCAAUGAUCAAGUCCACAAGUCCAAGCAAAAGCUGGUAGAACUUAAGCAGGAGCUCAAGGAUGCCAAGGCCGAAGUUCGGAGAUCGAAAUCCAUGGAACUCCAACUCCAACACGAGAAAGAUCUUGUGGAACAGGACCAGCUAAAAGCGGAGUACGCACAGCUUGUUACCGAGCUACAACACUUCCAGACCUUCCUUGAUGCUGCACGCAACCAAAUCUCUGUGAGCGUUCCAAGACCUGAGUACAUGGCCAUGAAAGCUCAGAUGCUGGAGCUGCAGAAACGUCUUGCUGAUAUCCAGGCCAAGUCCAUCAAACUCACGUACCAGACAGCGCAUUUAACUCCAAGGCCGUCCUGGACCGCAGCUCCAGUUGGAGAGAAAGAUCCGACGCUGUCCACGCUUGAACAAGUUGCUCAGAUUUGUAGAGAAAACGCGAUUCUCUCCAACAAACUUGCCAUGCUUCAAAGCGAAUGGACCAACACAAAUGUUGCUCUUGCCGAGGCGAAUGAAAAGUACCAGAAGGUUGAAGAAGAGAACAAGAAAAAGAAAUAGAGAAGCUUCGUUCAUUCGACCAUAAGCUUGUAGGCCUGGAUUUCCAUGGGGCUCAUCUCGACUAUCCCGAUCCCUGCUGCUGACGCUCCAGCGCCCUUCCGGCCGGGCAGCGUCUCGGCAUGAUCGUGCAAGAAAUUGAGACUGGAAGGCGUGACUUUGCUCA